AUGAAGUUAGCUGGUUAUAUUAUAUUGAGCUUUAUCACAUUGGCAUCUGCAUUGCCCUCUAUUCCUUACCUCAACAAACGCCUGGCUGAAUCCCAGAAUGUAACCUUGUACAAUUCUACCAAUACUGAGACUGUCCCUACUGUACCCGUAGUAUUGGAUGUUGUUUUAUUAAAUGGUACUUCUUGGAUUUCAACUCGUGAAAGAUUCUGGGCAGUUGAGAGCGGUGGAGACGAAUUUGCCAUUACUGAUAGUUUGCACAGUUUGAGGUCUAUUGACAAUGUUCUAUGGAGUCCAAUUUUAGACAACAUCGAGCAUCCUCGACUUUUGGUACUAGAUGCAAUUGCUAGCAAAAGUCUAUCUACAGUUGCAAGUGACGUGUCUGGUAUUUCCGCUUAUUGGAGUGAAACAGGUAGUAAUAGCAAUGCUACGAUAUCUGGAAGUUUUUAUCCAACAAACGUGACAACCAAUUCGUCUAUGGCUUGGAACACAACCUCGAAUCAGACUAACACUUCUUCUUCUGCUUCUACUGAAGUAAAUUCUUUGAUUCUCUCUUCUUUUGGAUUAACUGAAAGCUUUGUUAACCACUCAAGUUCACGAUUGGUAGUCGUUGGAGCGGCGAAACCAGCUUUAACAAAUGUCUCUGUCUUGGAUUCUUCCGAAACCCCCAUUUAUCAAAAAAUAACUGAACAAAGUACUAGUCACAUCCGACGCGAGAUUCCUGAAAUUGAUGCCAAAGUCAUUGAUGUAUUUGGUUACAACUUUUAUUUCUUAGCCUUAAGCUCUUCUAUCUCAUUUUUAAAGAGCUUUGCUUUUUGCAAUCAAACGUCUGCUUUUUCAUUGUUCCAGGAUAUUGCUUCUUGUGGCUUAUCUGGUCAACUCAGUUCUUCCUCUUGUCUGGACGGCAGUUAUUAUUCACUUUUCGGUCCCACUGGCUACUUUGCGACACAAUUUGGAAGUUCAGCUGACGUUGUUGUAGUACAAAGUGAAACGAAUUGCAAUGCCACUAUUUCUGCUGCUGCUUCCAACACCACAUACGUGAAUGUGAACAGUUACGUUGAUUUGGCACCAACUUUGCUAACGAACUCCACGUACAACGCGAACUACACCAACAGUUCAAUCCCCCCAAUUCCCUAUACUAUUACCAAUACCACGAACACCAAUACGACUGACUUUAACAGUAGUAACUCUUCCGGUGUUGGACCUUUGGCAUAUUAUGGAUCUGGAUUAUUGAACAUUUCUGAUUAUUUGAAUACCAAAGGUGAUGGACAUGUUAUUUUGAAGGGAUCAAGUGGAACAAUUUUGGGAGAUUUCUACAUCCUUAAUUACACAAGUGUGGCUUUGGGAGACUACUUAAUUCCACUUUGGUGGUAA